AUGGAGCAGAAGGGAGAUUUGCUGAACUGGGAAACCUUCUCCUGUUCAAUCUGUAUGGAUCUACCAAAGGAUCCGGUGACUAUUCCCUGUGGACACAGCUACUGUAUGAACUGUAUUAAAUCACACUGGGAUGAGGAGGAAAAAAGCAACCGGUGCCCUCAGUGUCAGCAAACCUUCACACAGAUGCCUCUCCUGGAGAAAAACACCAUGAUGGCAGCUUUAGUGGAGCAGUUGAAGAAGACUGGACUCCAAGCUGCUUCUGUUGAGCACCGCUAUGCUGGACCUGAAGAUGUGAUCUGUGAUUUCUGCACUGGAAGAAAACAGAAAGCCAUCAAGUCCUGUUUAGGCCACGACACAGUCUCAGCUGCUGCAGCAGAAAGGACUGAGAGGCAGAGAGAGCUGGAGGUGAGACGAGAAGAAAUCCAGCAGAGAAUCCAGGACAGAGAGAAAGAUGUGAAGCUGCUUCAACAGGAGGUGGAGGCCAUCAAUCACUCUGCUGAUAAAACAGUGGAGGACAGUGAGAAGAUCUUCACUGAGCUGAUCCGUCUCAUCCAGAAAAGAAGCUCUGAUGUGAAGCAGCAGAUCAGAUCCCAGCAGGAAACUGAAGUGAGUCGAGUCAAAGAGCUUCAGGAGAAGCUGGAGCAGGAGAUCACUGAGCUGAAGAGGAAAGACGCUGAGCUGAAGCAGCUCUCAAACACAGAAGAUCACAACCAGUUUCUCCACAACUACCCCUCACUGUCAGCACUCAGUGAGUCUACACACUCAUCCAGCAUCAAUAUCCGUCCUCUGAGAUACUUUGAGGAUGUGACAGCAGCUGUGUCAGAGCUCAGAGAUAAACUACAGGACAUCCUGAGAGACACAUGGACAAACAUCUCACUGACCCUCACUGAGGUGGAGGUUUUACUACCAGAACCAGAACCAAAGAGCAGAGCUGGAUUCUUAAAUUAUUCAUGUGAAAUCACACUGGAUCCAAACACAGCAAACACACGACUGUUACUAUCAGAGGAGAACAGGAAGGUGAAGAGAAUGGAUCAUCAUCAGUCUUAUUCUCGACACCCAGAAAGAUUCACCAAUUGGCGUCAGGUUCUGAGUAGAGAUAGUCUGCCUGGACGUUGUUACUGGGAGGUGAAGAGAAGAGGGAUAGUUUAUGUAGCAGUCGCAUACAAGAACAUCAGCAGAGUAGGAUGGGGGAAUGAAUGUAGAUUUGGAUAUAAUGACAAAUCUUGGGCAUUAGAGUGUUACCAAAAUGGCUAUAAAUUUGGUCACAACAACAUCUGGACCUCCAUCUCAGGUCCUGGUUCCUCCAGAGUAGGAGUGUACCUGGAUCACAGAGCAGGUCUUCUGUCCUUCUACAGCGUCUCUGAAACCAUGACUCUCCUCCACAGAGUCCAGACCACAUUCACUCAGCCGCUACAUGCUGGAGUUUGGGUUUGGUACAGUGGAGACUCUGCAGAGUUCUGUAAACCCAAAUAAAUGUUCUGUCUUGUUUCUGAUUGUUGAUCAGGGUUCAUGGUUCUGAUGUCUCUGCUCUGCUGUUCUGUUCUUCUUCAUUGUUCUUGUUUAAAUGUAGUUCUCUGUGUCUGUGUUCCAGGAACCAGAAAGGAUUUCACUGCUGAUGUUUUCUUUCAUUCUUAUUUGACACAGAAAUAUUUCUCCACAUGAAAAUCUAAACUUCUCUGGGCUCUAAUGGUUCUGGUUUCAUAUUUGUAUUGAUCUAUUUGGAUCUUCUGGUUUCUCUUCCACUGUUCUGCAGAACAAAUGUUGUUCUUGUUUAAAUCAGUUGAGAUUGAAGUGAACUGAACUUGCUUCUGGUUUCUUUAUUGUGAUCCAAAGAAGAAAACUGAAACUAACAUCAACUUAGAACUGAUGCUGUUUUCUUCUGAAUCCUUUAGAUUUAGAUCAGAAAAAUAUAUGUCUGCUGUUCUGUCUCUUUGGAUUUCUUCAAUAAAACAACUUGAUUCCAGAGAAA